UAUUCAUAGAGAAUUUACAUUUACCCAGAUAAAGCAUCGAGGGCUUCUUCUGAAUUAUCUCAUUAAUUAUCACAACAACCUUAUAUGGAGACAUGGUACCCAAGACGAUUGCAGGAAAGAUCUUUGGUUCCAUCUGCUCGCUGAGCGGUGUCCUCGUCAUUGCCCUGCCGGUCCCUGUGAUCGUUUCCAACUUCAGCCGGAUUUACCACCAGAAUCAGAGAGCGGAUAAACGCAGAGCACAGAAGAAGGCCCGCCUUGCCAGGAUCCGUGUGGCCAAAACUGGCAGCUCCAACGCCUACCUGCACAGCAAGCGCAACGGACUCCUCAACGAAGCGCUGGAGCUGAUGGGCACCCCAGAAGAGGAGCACAUGGGCAAGACAACCUCACUCAUCGAGAGCCAGCACCAUCACCUGCUGCACUGCCUGGAAAAAACCACUGGGUUGUCCUAUCUUGUGGAUGAUCCCCUGUUAUCUGUACGAACCUCCACCAUCAAGAACCACGAGUUCAUAGAUGAGCAGAUGUUUGAGCAGAACUGCAUGGAGAGUUCAAUGCAGAACUACCCGUCCACGCGGAGCCCUUCCUUGUCCAGCCACCCGGGCCUCACGACCACCUGCUGCUCCCGCCGUAGUAAGAAAACCACACACCUGCCCAAUUCCAACUUGCCGGCCACCCGCCUGCGCAGCAUGCAAGAGCUCAGCACGAUCCACAUCCAGGGCAGCGAGCAGCCCUCCCUCACCACCAGUCGUUCCAGCCUUAAUUUGAAAGCAGAUGACGGACUGAGACCAAACUGCAAAACAUCCCAGAUCACCACAGCCAUCAUCAGCAUCCCCACCCCCCCAGCACUGACCCCGGAAGGCGAAAGUCGGCCAGCCCCUGCCAGCCCGGGCCCCAACACGAACAUUCCUUCCAUAGCCAGCAAUGUUGUCAAGGUCUCUGCCUUGUAAAACCACUGGACAGAGGGCCAGUGCAGGUCCUAGAUGACCACUAGACUAACCCCUCAGCUCCAUCCCUCAGUAGCCGUAGCCAAAGAUGGGAAAUCCACUUCACUCAAGAAAACGGAAUACAGCCAGAAGGGCCACUACUGCUAAAGGAUAUUUGUAAGUAAACAAAAAGGCCAAAUGUGCCACGUCAGUUUAAUGUCUAACUCAAUGGCCAGUGACUGAAGAAAUGGGAUAUUAUCAGGGUUUCCAGGGGACAAUGGCUUUCUGGGGAAAUGACUUGAGCUUUCAUAGUUCUUUCAUGAACCACUUCAGCAUAAUAGAAGAGUCACAAAACUACCCAUUCAAUCCUAUUUAACAUUAGGGAAGGUUAAAAACAAACCAGUAGGCUAUAUUCAAAUGAAUGGAAACUUAGAAAACAUGGAAUUAAGAGUAUAUAAAACUAGAAGAAAUUAGAGACUAUCUAAGUCAUUUUACAGUAUAGGCUGAUGCUGUGACCUGCUCAAGGUCAUGAGGUCAUUUAAUGAAAGGGCUGGGAUCAGAACCCAAAUCCCUUGAAUAUUAGUCUAAUGCUUUUCCCAUUACACGCAUUGCCUCUCAGCAACAAUGCUCAGAGAAGACCCAUCAGAGUUUACUUGCUAUAACUAGAGACAUAGUCAUGUGUGAAUGCCCGUUAUUACUUGGACACAAGCCCUGACUGUACCAGUAUAAAACAUACCUUGGAAACCACCAUCCACUAGACAGAAUCAGCUAAGGACUAUCAGUUCUGUCAAAAGCAGGUGAGGAAGUGUACAGUCAGGUUUUUUUCAGUCCAAUUCUGUCUUUCCAAUGCCCUCAAUGGAGAGGGCUAUGACAUUUUAAAGCAUACUUUAUGUAGUCUUUAAUCCUUUCUACAACCUCUGGUGGUAGUAGGUCAAGAACUAAAUCUUUAAUUCACAGAGGGGAAAACAGGCAGAAAGAAGCUGAGUGACAUUCAAAUUCACAUGGCAAGGUAGUGGCAGAACUAAGAUUGCAAUCCAGAGCUUAGACAUCUUGCCCUGGGGUUUUUCCCUUGACAUCAUCUCAGGCUUGCUUAUAUUUUUAAUACUUGGAUUUUCAGAACCAUCCUGAGCCAGGACCUCCAGAAGCACACUCUGUACUAUUCCUCCUUCAUCCCUUCCUUUCACUACCAGUGUCAAGCUCAAGACUAAUUGCAUAGAAUCCUGUUCAGAAGACUAGAUAUUCUCAAUGAUAGUUGAACACAUGAGUCUACAAUCAUACAAGAGGAUAAAGUCAGCAAGUAGAAAAAUGAAAGUAAUAAAAAUAAAAAAUUUGAACAGAAAUUAAAAUGGCCAGUUAAUGAUGAUUCACAAUUAACAAGCAUUAAUUCAUGGAUAUGCUUGAGGACCUGACCCAGUUUUCAAACGAUGAUUCCUGCAGUUCAGGAUCAUGUCACUUUUUAAAAUUGAUCUAAACCUAGAUGUUUAGGCUAUUAAUGAAUUCUAGUGAUCCAGGCUCCCUCACUUCAAUUACCAGGGAACUAUAAGGCAUAAACAUCCUAACGCUGUUAAUCUAAGGCAAUAUUAGUUUCCCUUCUCAUCUAGUUGGCAUGGUAACCAUAAGAGGAACCCAAAAGACUAUUUUCCCAUUCUGAUUUCCUUAUGAAAUCUCAGCAAAGCUUUAAAAUGAGUGAAGGAAAAAUGUUAUGACCUGUCACCCUUGGAGCCCAAACAGCAUCAUGAUGAGCAUCAUUAGAACUAAGAGAAAGUGGAUCAGAAAAAGAAACAGCUUUAAAGGGGUUCCUUUUGAGUCCUGUUUUCAAUUCAGAAUGUUCUAUGUUUUUCUCAUCAAGUGUGGGAAUGAAUUUCUCUUAGCAGGUUUCUCAACUACACUGGCUGAUGUCAUACUAACCAGUGUAGGGCACUGACCCAAGUCCUGGGGGGCUCCUUGGGCCAACAGACUAUUUUACAAACCUGGGUGGUGGGAGGGAUGGUAUAUUUUUGAUAAUCAGACAUUCCAGUGUAAUGUUUUCCUUAGAGGUCACCCUCCCCCAUUAAUGUUAUCGUGAAAAACAUCAAGUGUGUUCUUUUCUAUUUUCAUAUAAUAAAUGGGCUUUGCUUACCAACAUCACAAUGGCAAAGAAGAAAUACUAUACAAAACUGCAGAAAGAUAAACAUGUGAAAUCUUUCUAUGGAAACAAAAAAACAAACAAACCAACUCUUGAGUUUCCUGUUGUCUUCUUUUGAAACUGUAGUGCAUAUGUUAAAAUGUAUAUCAUUUGCAGUAUUGAGUCAUGUGCCACUGCUGUACCUGAUGUAUCCAAUCUGGAUUAAACAAUGUGCCACAAAAUGA